UGGCUUCCGUUCCCGUUGUGUGAGGGGCCGAGUCCCAAACGGCCUCAGCGCUGCUGCCGCCGCUGCCGGGUCUGGGCCGGGACCGGGGGACGAGCCGGGGCCUCCCCGUUCCCCGCCGCCGCCCCGGGAGCUGAGCCGAACCUCUCCCGCCGUCCCGGGAGCCGAGCCUUCCCCGCUUUCCCACACCCAGCGAGCCGUGCCGGGCCGUGCCGUGCUGUGCCUCCUCCGCUCCCCAUCCCGGGGGCCGCGCUGAGCCUCCCCUCAGCUCACCCCGCCACCCCGCUCUCUCCAGCCGGGGUCCCCCGCAGCCCCCCUGGGCCAGGCCCGCGUCCCCCCCGGCCCAGCCAUGUCGCUGCACGGGAAGCGGAAGGAGAUCUACAAAUAUGAGGCGCCCUGGACCGUGUACGCCAUGAACUGGAGCGUCCGGCCCGACAAACGGUUCCGCCUGGCGCUGGGGAGCUUCGUAGAGGAGUACAACAACAAGGUGCAGCUUGUUGGUUUGGAUGAAGAGAGCUCAGAAUUCAUUUGCAGGAACACCUUUGAUCACCCCUACCCCACCACAAAGCUGAUGUGGAUCCCAGACACCAAGGGAGUCUACCCAGACCUGUUGGCCACCAGUGGGGACUACCUGCGAGUGUGGAGAGUGGGUGAAACUGAGACCCGGCUGGAGUGUUUGCUGAACAACAACAARAACUCAGAUUUCUGUGCUCCACUGACAUCGUUUGAUUGGAAUGAAGUGGAUCCKUACUUAUUAGGUACCUCUAGUAUUGACACAACCUGCACUAUUUGGGGUCUGGAGACAGGACAGGUUCUGGGAAGAGUAAAUUUGGUGUCUGGCCACGUGAAGACCCAGCUUAUUGCACAUGACAAAGAGGUUUACGACAUCGCCUUCAGYCGUGCAGGCGGGGGCAGGGACAUGUUUGCCUCGGUGGGUGCUGAUGGAUCUGUGAGGAUGUUUGACCUCCGUCACCUGGAGCACAGCACCAUCAUCUAUGAGGACCCACAGCACCACCCACUGCUGCGGCUCUGCUGGAAUAAACAGGAUCCCAAUUAUCUUGCUACCAUGGCCAUGGAUGGGAUGGAGGUUGUGAUUCUAGAUGUCAGAGUUCCCUGCACCCCUGUUGCCAGGUUAAACAACCACAGAGCGUGUGUAAAUGGAAUUGCCUGGGCACCUCACUCCUCCUGCCACAUCUGUACAGCAGCUGAUGAUCACCAGGCUCUCAUCUGGGACAUCCAGCAAAUGCCUCGUGCCAUUGAGGACCCAAUCCUGGCCUACACAGCCGAGGGAGAGAUCAACAAUGUACAGUGGGCAUCCACGCAGCCAGACUGGAUAGCCAUCUGCUACAACAACUGCCUGGAGAUCCUCAGAGUCUAACUCUGCUGCUUCAUGCACAGUGAAGCAGGGCUGUGUCAUUCCCCCUCCCCUCUAAAGUAAGAACACCACCAGUCAAGUGGCCAGUAUCUGUUGUUGCUUUGCAUCUACUGUUACAAGAAACUGUUACAAGAAUCGGUGGCAGGUGUCCCCUGUCUCUCAAGACUCUAAAAUGCAGAGACGUGCUGAGCCUCUUGGACCUUCUGGGUUCUGGUUUUCUUGUUGAAUUCUUUUUCCCUCAGUAAAAGUUCUGUAUAUUUGUUUGUUGACUGUAUUAAUAAGCUUGCAGGCUUUUAAGUUGCUGCAUAUGUCCAUGUGUUUGUCAGCCAGCUGAGGCAGCACAUCAACCAGUUUAAUAGAUGCAGGUGCAAAAUAAGGUGGGGGGAAAAGACAAUGAUGUUAACAGCCACCUUGGCAGGAAUCUUUAUCAUUCCUGUUGUUGCUGCCUCUGAACUGUUUAAACGUUUGUAUGUUUUUUAUAUAUUGGGCUAACUUUCUAUUGAGUAAGGUUUUUUCUCCCUGAUUCUUACUUUUGAUAUGUGAUCCACUUCCAUUUGUCCAAAGCAGGACCUGUUCAUGGAUACAAACCACAGUAACACUGCAGGCUCCCUGGCAGUAAAGGCCUGCCAGAAUUAACUGUUGCCUUGGCUCCCUGUAUCUGGUGACCUGGGCAGAAUUCUCUGGUGCUGUGAAGUACAAGUACUUGUUGCACAAUUUCUUUACACAUUUUUUCUGAUGCUCAAGGCAGUUGUUACUAUGGUAGGUCUUAUUUUUAAAUUCUAACUGAAUUUGUGUGUAUCCUGCAGUUGUGUUAGCAAACAGAGCGGUGAAAGGUUGAGAAAGAAGAUCCAUGCAUGAUGUGAAUUCCCAGGAGAUAAACAACUUCAGAAAAARUGUAUUUGUAAUGGACUUGGGAUUGAUACUUCCAAUCAAAUUAUUUCCCCUCAGAAGACUUACCUUAUCUAAACCAAAAUAAAAUGGUUUCACAGUUUGUAGCUUGCUUGAUUGGCAAAUAAUAUGAGCAAGAUUUUGUGGUUAGGCUGUACUUUGARGUUUAUUUGUGUUUAGCCUGUAUUCCUGGGAGGUCUUGAAGGGAGUGCAAAGCAAUCUUUUUGUGAAGUGUAUUUGCUUUGUACUGCCAGGUCUUGUGCAAUGAACGAGACAAGUCAGAAAAGCUAGUCUGCUAUCCAAAAGAAGACAUUUCUCUGGAAGAAUUUAUUCCUUAAUGUGAUGCACAGARGUGGAUUUAGAAGGAAAGAAGCUGUGCCAUUGAGGCCAAGGUUUGGCACUUGUCAUCCUCCUGACUUUGAGGGAUGUGCCACAGGGCUUCUGUUUGGAGUAGUGGAUCACUCUACAGUAACACUGCUCAAUGAAAGCUGAGUGGAUUAGGCAAGAUAAAAAUCUUUGUUGAAGUCUUACUGUAGCACAGGUCCUGUGCCAAGGCUCUGCAGUGCUCUCCGAUGAAGACAUGACAGCCAGAGCUGGUCUGGAAGGGUGUGCAGCCCAGUUUCCAUGUAAAUGUCAGAAACCAUCAAAAUUCUUUCCACCUGAUGAGUAUUCACCUGCAACUGGAGGUAGUUUAUAAAUAGUAGGACACUGGCAAACUUGGAUCUUGUCAGUUUAUGCAGGAAAGGCAAGUUGGGAAAGCAAUUGCUGUGGAACAGUGAAGCUGACACUGUCAAAUAUGGAACAGAAUCUGCAAAGUUUUGUCAUUCUGGACGUAGGGAAAUACUCUUCUGCAGGCUGCUUCUCACUGUGGAGCUCAGAAAAGCAUUGCCUCAGGAAUUUGAUAGGAAUUCAUUAGGGACAGUUUUAUUCUGUUACUCCUUUUGAUAGCAGAGAACCAAGAGACUCUAACACAGUUCAAGCUGAUGUUUUGUCAAUGACACUGUUCAGUAGUGGGAUUUCUGACAAAGCUCAAUUUGACUUGAAGGUCAAUUUUUCUUCUUAGCAGCAGUACUGAGAGUAGUGUGUUCCAUUUUAGCUAGAUGCCAGCGCAGUGUUAGCCAAACAAUUAGCUAYCAGUUUUUACAACAGCACUUCAUCUGAAACUGGAAAAAAACUUCUGCAGAAUGAAGUGAAAAUUGGGUUUUCUUAGCAGGAGCAGUUAAUGGCAUUCAUAGCUUUAGGAGUAAUCUAAAAUACAUUCACAGGCUCAUCAUGCACUGUUUAAUUUAAAACAGUAGGCAAAAUGUGGUGUGUUACCAAGAGGAAACUACCUGCAAUGUUAAUACUUUCCAUGUCCCCUUUUUUGCUUCAAAGUUUAUUCCUGUAUAGAUGGCACGAGUCAAAGAUGAAUGUUUCUCUUGCUUAGAUGAAAAAUGCAUCUUUUAUAAUUGUAUUGUGCUUCAAAACAGACAUAAGAUAAUUUAGUUGAAAGUGAAGUUACCAAAAGACUCCACAGACUUCACUAAAUGGCAAAGACAGUUUAUUCCUAGAGGAAUAUCAUGUGUUCCACUAAGAUGAUAAGAAGAAAGCUUGUGGAAAGGACUCAUAGUCUGAAUGGCCAGGUAAAUUCUGCUUCUGUUGGAAAACAAUCCUGUUAGGGACCUGAAGAGGAUCCAGUGUCAGUUCUUCCAUCCAUAAAACUGCUUUAAGUUUAUUUGUAGAAUUGGGUGCUUAUUCCAAACGCAUCAAAGGCAAGUGAAGGAAUCUUGGAGGCUCCAGUGGAUUCUAAAAAAAGCCUGUAUCCUGUUUGUUUAGCCAGUUGGGAUACCUUCUGGAUCUACAGCAUAUUGCUUUGGGCAUAAUCCAUUGCCAGUCUUCAUAUGAAAUUGCAUUUUAAAUCACUAGAGACUGUUUUGGCACUGGGAAAUGAUACUUGAAAUAACUUCAAAGAAGUCACUUGAAAGGUUAAUGAGUGAAAAGAUGGGAAAAUCCUCAUGGGUGAAAUGUUCUGUAGUGCAAAUGGCUCUUCCAUAUAGACAAGGAAGKGAAAUACUUUGGUGCCCUUUUGCCAGCAGUUGCUGACCCCGUGACAGGGAGGGAAGGCUCUGGUUGGUGAGUCAGGUUCAUCUGCAAGAUAAAACAAAUCCUGACACUUAUCACUGGAGCCUGUAAAUUGAAAAACAGUUUAUMACCUUCUUGACAUUCAAUUAUGUCRGGUAUAAAGCCCCCAUAAGCAUUAUUUUUCCCCAAAGUUCGUGAAAAUAAAUACUUCAAUGUUUCAUUCCUGUUAUUUGGUGCUUACUGCACAAGCAGAGGAUGCAGAACAACUGCUUGCAAAUACCUCAUGUUUUUUGAGUAGAAAAUAACAGUAAGGGAAAAGUGAACACAGGUAAGGUGAGCAAAGCAGAAAAGCACUUGCUGUUGUUGGUACAGGCCAGCCUGAUUCUGGGACAGAAAUACUUCUGACUUUAGUUCUGUGUCACUUCUCAAAAAUCAGUUGAUUAAUUCAAGAUAACAAACUAUCAUUUGGUUGUUGUAUUCUCUUUAAACCAAACUUUAUACAGAUUUCUACUAUUGUGUGGCCAACCUGCUGGCUCUCAACCAUUAGAUAUUGAUGAUGUAAAACUYGUUAGUGAGGUGAAAAACCUGCAGCAAACAAGUUGAAUUGUUGAAUUAGUGUGUAGUGUGCCAACUCUGUGAAUUGUCUAAAUGAGGGGGGCUAUGGUAGCUUGCAUCUAUGGGAAUUGUACUUGUGUGUGCAGGGAUUUGAAAGGCAAGGAUUUGAGUGCUUUGACAAUCUAUUUAGGAAGAAGACACAGUGGCUUCAAAUGAUAUGAAAGGAGACUGAUAAAACAGGUUGUUCCUUAUGGAACCUUGAAAUGUAUUUAACGGGGGAGGCAUUGCCUCUCAUAAGUCAAAGUUAAUGAUCCUUUCAAAACUUAGCUGUAAUUACUCUCCUGAAUGUUCUGGAUAAUAGUAGAAAGCUCUAUUUUUGCCUGGUGGUGCAAUGAGAAGCUGCUUCAAUCUCAAGUGUAGAUCACAGCCUGCCAGAGACCAGGUGAGGGGAGGAGUCCGAUGUACGGAAUUCACAGAUGUUCUCGUGCUUGUUGUCAAUGUAAAUGAAGAGCUGAGUGUGUCAGUUUUGUUCUCUUGCAGAUGGCACUUUAAYGAGUAUAUUUUUGGUAAGAUUAGGAGGAGAGUCAUCUUUUCCUCAGCCCUUGUAAGGUAGGCGUUUGUCCAUGUUGUGUAGAAGAUGUUCGAUACCACCAUCACCAAAAUCCUAAACUGGGGUCAUCCUAGAGGACCCUCACUUGUUUCUMCUGAAAGCCAAAAACAUGAGCACUUGACAAGAUUGUAAAUGUUAAAAUGAAGCUUCRUGUUCUGAAAGUGACACUGUCCUGUAACAUCAACCCAAGGGAUGUAGUGCUGUGUGUCCCCCACUAUCCUUUUUUUCAGGAAUUCAGCCGUGUUUGGGAAUCCUCUUUUUUACCAUCAGAACAUGGUGGUGGCAAUGCUGGUUUGCUUGUGUAGGGAUGUGCCUGGAUUCUUUGAACAAUUUAAUUUUGUGUGAGAAAAACUGCAACUGCUGCCUGUAAAUUCACACAGCCUAAAACAUGGAACUGGCCAGUGGUGUUUCAACUCUUUCCAGACACUCUGGAAAGGAUGCACAGCAGCAUUGGGCUCAGCAGAUUGCACAGUUUCAGUCCCAUCAAAGUACUGAAGGGCUGAGUUUUCCCACUGCUCGUGGCAAAGUGGUCCCACCACCCCAAAUUCACAUUGUGUUAUCCUGUCAGGGAACACAARUUCUCUCUAACAGCAUUUCCUGCUUUCUGCUCUCAGACCAAUAUUCCAGAACAAGUCU